AGACGGAGACAGCGGAAGCCUAGAGAGGCCGAUACGACACUGGAAGGGACCUGAGGCUUCCGCCCAGCGGAGAAGCAAGAUGGCUACGACUAGGGGCAGCUCUGGGCCUGACCCAGGAAGUCGGGGUCUUCUCCUUCUGUGUUUUUCCGUGGUGCUGGCAGGAUUGUGUGCGGGAAACUCGGUGGAGAGGAAGAUCUACAUCCCCUUAAACAGAACAGCUCCCUGUGUCCGCCUGCUCAAUGCCACCCAUCAGAUUGGCUGCCAGUCUUCAAUUAGUGGGGAUACAGGGGUUAUCCACGUAGUGGAGAAAGAAGAAGAUCUGCAGUGGGUGUUGACCGACGGCCCCAACCCCCCUUACAUGGUUCUACUGGAGGGCAAGCUCUUCACUAGGGAUAUAAUGGAAAAGCUGAAGGGGAGAGCCAGCAGAAUUGCCGGUCUUGCCGUGACUCCAGCCAAGCCCGAUUCGACCUCAAGCUUCUCUCCUAGUGUGCAGUGCCCAAAUGAUGGGUUUGGUAUUUACUCCAAUUCCUAUGGGUCAGAGUUUGCCCAUUGCAAAAAAACGCUGUGGAAUGAACUGGGCAACGGCUUGGCUUAUGAAGACUUUAGUUUCCCCAUCUUUCUUCUUGAAGAUGAGAACGAAACCAAGGUCAUCAAGCAGUGUUAUCAAGAUCACAACCUGGGUCACAAUGGCUCUGCGCCAAGCUUCCCACUGUGUGCCAUGCAGCUCUUCUCACACAUGCACGCCGUCAUCAGCACUGCCACCUGCAUGCGGCGCAGCUUCAUCCAGAGCACCUUCAGCAUCAACCCAGAAAUCGUCUGUGACCCCUUAUCCGACUUCAACGUAUGGAGCAUGCUUAAGCCCAUAAAUACAUCCGGGGCAUUAGAUCCUGAAGACAGGGUUGUGGUUGUGGCCACCCGGAUGGAUAGCCGGUCCUUUUUCUGGAAUGUGGCUCCAGGGGCAGAGAGUGCUGUAGCCUCCUUUGUCACUCAGCUGGCUGCAGCCGAAGCUUUGCACAAGGCACCUAAUGUGACCGAACUACCCCGAAAUGUGAUGUUUGUCUUCUUCCAGGGGGAAACCUUUGACUACAUUGGCAGCUCAAGAAUGGUCUAUGACAUGGAGAACGGCAAGUUCCCUGUGCGCCUGGAGAACAUCGACUCGUUCGUGGAACUGGGGCAGGUGGCCUUAAGAACAUCACUGGAGCUCUGGAUGCACACAGAUCCCAUGUCUCAGAAAAACGAAUCUGUGAAGAACCAGGUGGAGGACCUUCUGGCCACUCUGGAGAAGAGUGGUGCUACGGUCCCGGAAGUUCUCUUGAGGAGACAGAAUCAGUCCCAGGCCCUUCCACCAUCAUCUCUACAACGAUUUCUUCGGGCUCGAAACGUCUCUGGUGUAGUUCUGGCUGACCACUCCGGUUCCUUCCAUAACCGGUAUUACCAGAGCAUUUAUGACACUGCUGAGAACAUUAACGUCACCUAUCCUGAGUGGCAGAGCCCAGAAGAGGAUCUGAACUUUGUGACAGACACUGCCAAGGCACUGGCGAAUGUGGCCACGGUGCUGGCACGGGCGCUGUAUGAGCUUGCGGGAGGAGUCAAGUUCCAAGACUCCAUUCAGGCUGAUCCUCAGACAGUUACGCGUCUGCUCUAUGGGUUCCUGGUUAGAGCCAACAACUCGUGGUUUCAGUCUAUCCUCAGACAUGACCUAAGGUCCUAUCUGGAUGAUGGGCCCCUUCAACACUACAUUGCUGUCUCCAGCCCUACCAACACAACUUACGUUGUGCAGCAUGUCUUGGCAAACCUGACCGGCAAGGUGACCAACCUCACCCGAGAGCAAUGCCAGGAUCCCAGUGAAGUCCCGAGUGAAAGCAAGGAUCUCUUUGAGUACUCAUGGGUACAAGGUCCUUUGAAUUCCAACAAGACAGAGCGGCUCCCACGGUGUGUACGCUCCACAGUACGACUGGCCAGGGCCUUGUCCCCUGCCUUUGAACUGAGUCAGUGGAGCUCCACGGAAUAUUCCACGUGGGCUGAGAGCCGCUGGAAAGACAUCCAAGCUCGGAUAUUCCUAAUCGCCAGCAAAGAGCUUGAGUUUAUAACCCUGAUUGUGGGCUUCGGCAUCCUCGUCUUCUCUCUUAUCGUCACUUACUGCAUCAACGCCAAAGCCGACAUCCUCUUCGUCACUCCCCGAGAGCCAGGAGUUGUGUCUUACUGAAGAGGACAGCAGCUUCCCCUGCCAGCUUCAGAUGUUACUUCCCAGGCCGGUUGUCUCGCUGGGAACAAACCACUGAUUUGUCACUGGACUGUCUCUGGGCCUGUCUUAGACCGGGAUGACCUAUGGACUGGAACUGAGUGGAGACAGGGGUAGACAUGAAUGAGUCACCUCCCCUUCUCAGCUCCCCCUUUCCCGUUUGUUUCUCCUUCUCUGAUACCAGGCAUUAUGAUAGAAGCUCCCUGCUCCUGCUUAACACCCCCACUGCUCGUCCUCAUCUGUCCUUUCUUGGGUCUUUCCAUCCUGCCCUGUCCCUCUGUCUGAUCCCACUGUCACCCUAUCCCCACCCCUGCACCCAACCACCUGCUGGACCAGGAAGAAGGAUGGGAAGGAUUGACCGUUGGGAUCAAACUACCCCAGACCCUUAGGGAAAGAAUGGGGCUCUGGCUGAGCCAGCAGUCUCUUUCCCACUGUCCUUUCUCCAGGUCUCCAGAUGGCAUGUUAGGGUGGGCAUGCUGUUAGGUGGGUAUCCCACCUCCAGCCCACAGUGCUCAGUCGUACUUUUUAUUAUUAAACUAUAAUAUCUAUUUUUGUUGGGUUUUUU